AUGAAGAGGAGAGAAGCCUCAGCGGACCUGGAGCUCUCUGAAAAAGAUAAGGAAAAAAGGGCUAAAGUGGACAUCAGGCAGCUGCAGACCCAUUUUCAUCAUGAAGCAUACAAGAGGAAAUUCUUCGAUGCCGAUAUCUGGCGGCAAAUGCAGGCUCAGGAAAAAGCAAUAGAUGAUCUGAAGCAAGAACACAGACAUGUGACAUUAACACUGAGCCAGAUCUAUUCCCCGAGUAACUUGUUGCGGGACAACAGAAAUCGUAUGAAGCUCCGAAGCCUUUUGCAGAUCAGAACGCAGAAUGAUGUCCUGAUCAAAGAAAGAAAAGCCCUGCUAGGUGACCUGGCCAAGCAGGUUGUAGAGCUGGAAAAAAAGAUAGUGAAGCAAAGAGACACAACCUGGAGAGAGUUGGAGGCAAAGAGUCACAAACACCUGCAGAAGAAGAUUGAAUUUCUGGAGAUGCAUCUAAAUCAUGUCACCGUGCGUUACAACAACAUCAUGACCCGGAACAACAGGCUCCGAGAGGAGACGGUGAGCCUGCAAAUCCAGAAAGCCAUCUAUGACAACUCCUACUGGAAGCUGGAAAGAAGGCUGGUUCGGCAGAACAAAUUGCUGAACGAUGCUAUCGAGCAAGCCACCGAGGACUACGAGCAGUGGAUGGAGGAUCUGGGGCGGAUCUCGGACAUUCGGGACGUGCGCUACAGAGAAACCAUCCAGUACAACAUCAGGCUGCUGGAGAGGAAGUGUGCCCUUCACAAGGAGACCAGGCUGAAAAACUUCUUCCUCAGCAAAUGUACAGAUCACUCUGAAUUGAAGGAACAGGCCAAGCAGAGAGAAGCCUUUGAGGCAGCUGAGAGGGCCAAACAGAGCCAAAAGGAGAGCUAUGAGGUGGCCUACAAGCGUCUGCUGGAGCUGUCGGAUGGAGACAUUGACGAUUUCUUGGAGGACUUCAUUGAAAAGGACAGGAGAUUCUUCAUCCUCUUUGGCUAUGCCAUUAGGCUGAACGUCAGGAAUGAGGGUCUCAAGCAGAGGAUCCAGGCGAUCCAGGAUGAUAUGAUGGCCAUCACAACGGAGCGGGAACAAGCCGAGACAACCCGGACUCAAGUCCUGCAGGAGCUGGAGGCAAAAAUAACAGAGACCACCGAGGAAGCCAACAAGUAUGAGAACAAGUGCAAGGAGACCAGCAAACUCCUGGCACACAUCCAGUCUCGUAUGGAGACCCUCUUGAAAGACAUGGACUGCGACACUACAAAGAUACUGAAGCCUCUUGGGGAGAGCUUGGUGCCAAUUUUUGGUCCUGUGGAGGACAAGGUCAAGGAGUUCCUGAUGAGGGAGUCCCUGCUACGCUACACGUCCAUCGAUCGCGCCCAGCGCUCCCAGUCCUUCAUCAGCCCCCUCCAGGGAGCCUCCAGCCUCCUCUGGGUCAUGGACCGGGCCAAGCUCUGCCCGCCCCCCCCAGACCUGGAGACCAGUGACCCCAAAACCGAGGAAGAGCCGCUGAGCUGGGAUCAGCUGCGUCAGCUCGCUAUCCAGAAGAAGGAGGAGGAGCUGGCCAGGCCGCCCAGCCCGGGCAAGAGGAGGAGGAGACUCACAUCACCUUCAAAGAGCCCACCAGGGACAGGGACGAAUUAA